ACGCUGAAGCAGAGUUUAGCUGCUGUUAAGCAGGUCACCUGCUCGCUCAGGCUCAGAUUGCAGUGGUCCCCAGUCACAAAACAUGAACCAGUCCCGAUGGAUUGAACGGAGGACUCUGAAUAUGAGCAGUAGUGUUAUGAACAUAUCUGAACAUCUCUCCUGCCCUCUUGGAUUUGGUCACUACAAUGCAGUUGACAUCUGUAUCCUUGAGACAGUCGUUAUUGUCUUGCUCACAUUUUUGAUCAUUGCGGGUAACUUAACUGUGAUAUUUGUUUUUCACUGCGCUCCACUCCUGCACCAUUAUACCACCAGCUAUUUUAUUCAGACCAUGGCCUAUGCUGAUCUUUUUGUUGGAGUUAGCUGCUUGGUUCCUACUUUGUCACUGCUCCACUACUCGACAGGUGUCCACGAGUCCUUGACUUGUCAAGUUUUUGGAUACAUCAUCUCUGUGCUGAAAAGCGUAUCUAUGGCAUGUCUUGCUUGCAUCAGUGUGGAUCGCUAUCUCGCUAUAACCAAGCCUCUCUCCUAUAACCAACUGGUCACACCUUGUCGCUUGAGAAUCUGCAUCAUUUUGAUCUGGAUAUACUCUUGUCUGAUCUUCUUGCCUUCCUUUUUUGGUUGGGGGAAACCUGGUUACCAUGGAGAUAUUUUUGAAUGGUGUGCUACCUCCUGGCUAACUAACGCCUAUUUUACUGGCUUUAUCGUCUGCUUACUGUAUGCUCCUGCUGCCUUUGUCAUAUGUUUCACCUAUUUCCACAUCUUUAGAAUUUGCCGGCAGCACACCAAAGAGAUAAACGAUCGGAGAGCUCGGUUUCCUAGCCACGAGGUGGAUGCUGCUGGGGAGACCGGGCACAGCCCCGACCGCCGCUAUGCCAUGGUUUUGUUUCGGAUAACCAGCGUCUUCUACGUGCUGUGGCUCCCCUAUAUCAUCUACUUUCUGCUGGAGAGCUCUAGGGUCUUGGAGAACCCAGCGCUUUCCUUCUUAACCACGUGGCUUGCUAUAAGCAAUAGUUUCUGCAACUGUGUCAUCUAUAGCCUCUCCAACAGUGUUUUCAGGCUGGGACUGCGGAGACUCUCAGAGACAAUAUGCUCCUCUUGUAUGUGUUUAAAAGACAGGGACGUUCGGGACCCUAAACCGCGGAAACGGGCUAACUCCUGCUCCAUUUAAAGGAAACUGGCGAGUUCCGAUAGCGUUUGCUGUACCUGGAAGCUUGCCAGAAGAGGAAUGUUCACUUGACUAGCUUGUUGUGAUGGUAGAGUGAGUUUAAAAAGUGAUCGGUGAAAAGGAAAUGCUGCUGUGAGAGGGAGGUCGCUGAACUUGAGUAUAGCUCAUGUGGAGUUGUGAGGGGAGUGAUUCGACAGAGACGAUGCAAAAAAGAGCUAAAAAUCAAAGGGUGUGAAAUUAUAUCGCUCACAGAGGAGGUUCCUCAGCAAAUAAAUAAGUUAGGUACUACCUUAUACUUGCCCCCUCGUAGAAAAUUCGUCUUACUAUCUCUGUGUCAGAAUAUCCUGUAGCCUUCUGACUUUCCAUAGAUUUAAGAGGAAACAAUCAACAACACAGUAAGUGGCUAUUUGUGAAUUACAUACCUGAGGACUCUAGUAGAUAUUGCAGACUAAUAAUCAGCUCUGUCUCUGCUCGCACAUCUUGUACAAUUUUCAGUUGUACAAACAACCUGCAGUGCAUAAAACCUGCACUGGCCAUGAUGCUUUUUGGAUAAACCAGCACAUUUUGGUACAACUUUCACAGAAGUUCUCCCCUCUCAUUUCCCCUUUUCUUUUUUGCUCAUGCUGUGCAUCCAUAGAUUCCAUCUUGUCCAAGUGGUUUUGUUUGAAAACACCUAUCAAGUAAACUUGAGUUUCAAACCAUUCUUCCAGCUGUAAGCAGUAGCCCUCUCUGGCUGACUGAGUAGCUGCAGCUGCCCACGGACAUUGACUUCUCCAGUCUUGUCUUCUCUUGAUCCUGUUAAAUUAGCACAUGGUAUCAUGUAGUGUCCUUUAAGGUGUACUAAAGCUUUUCCUUUAUUGGCUACACAGAUAAUCCUAACGCAGAUGUGAUAACCACACACAGCAGUGUGCUUACUGCUUACAACACAAACACUAACCUUUCUUUGGGAAGUCUUCACUAGCUUACUGCCAUAGCUGUCAACCCAUUGUGUGAACCUAGCUUGCACAUACUGUAUUUAUUUCUUUUUUUUUUACCUUUUCUUCUUUGCUUUCUUUUUGUUAAGAGAAAGUGUAAAGUGUGGUCUGUGCCUGACGUUUUCAUAGCACAUGGACUAGGUCAACGCAACAGGAUUAACAAAAUUCUACACUUGCUUUAUGAGAAAUACUUCUGUGCAGUUGUUGAAUAGCUGUUUGUUAGACAAGUGUUCUUGGAGGAGGUGAACGAGGCCAUUUAGUGUGAAAUGCAGGCAGAGAGCUUCGCUAUUUCCUUUUGUACUGAACUGAUUUUCAGGUCCACUGAGGAAACCUUUUUUCUUUCUCUUUCAAGGGCGUACAUUAGGUUUGUGUAAUCAAUUGCCAGGGGUUCAGAUGCAUGCCAAUCAAUAAAAGAGUUAAAUUAUUAUUUUGAACCAAAUGUGAUUUUCUUAGAUGGUUAUUGGCUUUUAAAGAAAAGGCCCAGUUAUUGAUUGUUGGUGCCUUUUACCACUGCACUACGAUUCCUUCUUUCACCAAAACGCAUAUGUAAAAAUCGUGCCUCUUACUUUUUGUAAUGGAAGCUAACCACGCUUGCACACUUGUGGUUUGACUCUCAGCCUCCCUUACCUAUGUAUUCUUUGUUCUGUCGAGGUGGUUCUGAACCCCUGUACAUUUUUUUAAACCUGUAAGAAAGUUGAAACAAUGGAAUAAAGUAGUAUUAUGUAUAUCAAA